GCACAGGCAAUAGGAAUAGGGAAUAGAAAUCUAUGUAAUGCCAAGACACAAUGAUCUAAGACGUGUUGCAUUAUGAAUUGUGGGAGUAAAUGUUCCAAUUUGGGUCCAAAUAAAAGUACGAGUAUGUUGCACGACGCUUCGAAGUCCAGCAUGCGUAGUUCAUGAAUUGGCCGUUGGACCAUAUUGCGAACAGCGUCCAUGAAGUGCGACCAUAUUUUAGCCUACCCCCACCAUUGAUUCAAGCAGGAAUUGAGUCUCCUGGUUUCUAGUCUUCUUGUUGUCCAGUCUUCUCCAGUCACGUGUCACGUAAGCUGCUUCGUCAGCUGACUCAUUACCCUCGUCGGAGAUACUCUCAGACCCAAUCUCUUUCCUUUCCUCGACCUUUGCGUUUGCAUGUAAAUUCCGUAGCAGGCUAAGAAGACUGCUAAAGAUCAGGAGAUCAAACUCCAGUAGUGGGGAUGAAUCAAACUAUGAUCGCAUUUCAGAGGCGCUGUUCGCGGUAAGAUAACCGGCCAAUUCAUGAACUACGCGUGUGCCAAAGUUCGAAUAUUUACGUUAUUUGUGGGAACCGUUGUGUCAAAGAAGUGAAAUUAUGUCUAAAAUGUGUUGUAUCGUGAAUUGUGGGAGUAAAUGUUCCAAUUUGAAUCCGAACAAAAGGACGCUAUUCGCAUUCCCGAAGGAUCCUCAUGAAAAUGAAAUCUGGAUGGAGAAGGUUUCUCUGUUUUUGAGUAAGAGAAAUGUUGCUCAAAAAUCUUUACGUAUUUGCGAUAAACAUUUUAAGGACAGCGAUGUUGAGCGGACUUUCAAAACUGUCUUGAAAGAUGGAAUAAUAAACGAAAUACCACGUGAAAUAUUUAAAUUGAAUCAAGGUAGUGUACCAUGCAUUUUCAAUAUCCAUCAAGAUAAUUUUGAAGAUGAGUGCAUAGAUAUAAAAGAAGAAAGUUUAUCUGACCCACUACAUAUAGACCCACACAUACAAGAGAACGAAGCAACAGAAUACAACAUCGAGGCAUUGAAAAGAGACUUAGAAGCUCAAGAGCAUUCCUACGAAACAAUUGAAUGGGGAAAAGGAUUAUUACCUGACGGCAUUGUUUUAUUUUACUGUGGUGACUCUGAGGAACAUACAAGAAAAACAUUAGUAGUGAAAGAGGACAUGAGCACAGAAGUCCGACUUUGGCGUGAAGGUGACAAGUUAAAUAUUAUGGGCAAUGUCCGUUGUUUUGAAGACCUUUCAUCUAUCUUGAGAACACUCCGUAAAAGGCGUGUAUGCAGUGGACCCGAUAAUGACACUCCCUGUACUCGUGGUUUUAUAGAAUCAACAUCGAAUCGAAGAAGGCAAAGAUGCGACUCAUGCCGAGUACAACGGCGAAAAAAAAUUCAUAACGAAAGGAGGAGGGAAAUUCGUCUAAAUGCGAAACAAUACAAAAGGAAACAAAUAAUUAAAAAUCUAAGACAACAAAUUAUUCACAUGAGAAACUACAUAAAAAAAAAUGAAGAAACUAUAAAGGUGUUGCAGUCUCGUUUAUUGCACUGUCUGACAACAGAUUAAGAUGACAUUAAAAACUAACCAAAAGUGCAGUAUUGUGCCGUGAGUUUCAGCUCGGAUACAAACUUUUAUUUGGGAUCGUUGCCAGGUUCCGCACCAAACAACCGACUCGACCACAGCUCUAAUCAAAAAUCAAUAUCAAUAUUUCAAA